AUGUCAGAAAAUCCAGUUUUUAAGCAGUGGGAAAGUGAGGAAAAAGGGAAGCUUGAUAGAGAAAAAGCGAAAAUAAAUGAUAAAAAGCAUUUGCAGAUGGUGGAAAAGGCACAAAAUUUGAAUAAUAUGCACCCUUUAAAAGAUUUAAAACUAUUACGGCAUAUGCAAAGGAAAGAAACAUUCCACAAAAAAUCAUCCAUAAGAGUUCAUUGAAAACCGAAAUUUCCAAAAAAUUUUGAUUCUUUGAAAAACCUUAAGUCUGGAGACUGCUCAUCAUAUAUAAAAUCUUGCUUUAAAGGCAAUCAUAAUAGAUAUUUUUCAAAUGAUACAGCUCUAGAUAUAAAUUUUAUGAACAGCCCAAAUCAUCACAUUUUUAAAAAAAGGACAAAUUUCAGUACUGUUAUUUGGGAAAAUUUAUAUGAUUUUGAUGCAGAAGAGGACGAUGGAAGCAUAAACAAUUUAAAUUGAAUUAAACAAGAAAAUUUAAAUAAGUUUAGCAAACUUAUUUAUGAUAGAUUAAAAUCGGUGAAACAUCAAAACCAUAAUGAUUUUACAAAAACCGAUUUAAAUUUGUCUAAGCCUUCCGGUCAAAAAAGUAUUGAACUGUCUUUAGCUGAGAAAAAGAAAAAAAAGCAAGAAAAAUGAAAGAAAAUUGCGAAAAAUAUAAAAGACUACAGAAGAAAUCAUAGUCUUUUAGGAGAAGACCUAAACAAACAGCCAAUCAUGCAUACGUUAGCUGAUUUGCCUUGCGUUUCCAAAUAUAAUCCAAAUAAGCCCAUCUGCAAAGCCAAGACUCUGCAGGCUAAUUACCCCAGAAACCUAAAUUAUCCAUAA